UACUUCGGCAUAAGUUUGUUGGAGGAGAUGGAACAUGGUUCCCCGCUCCAGUAUUCCUCAAGGUCGUGUUGCUAGACAGUUCAGUUGCUGGUGUGCGUUUGUACAGUGCAGUUUGAGCGUGUUUUGGCUGAAAGAAUCACACAGAUGACAGGCGUGUAAAAAUAGUCUACAAAUGGCAACGGAGAGACGAUUUGAUGUGAAUAAACCUGAUGACAUCGCCCAAAUUCAUCAACUUCUUCUUGAUGGCUGCAGCCUAAGUGAUGAUGAACACUUUCAAGAUGAUGACCCUCAAUCUCCAGCUCCAGGGCCCUCAAACCUUGUUCCUGAAGUUCUUGAAGAGGAUCAUGACACUGAUGCAGAAGAAGAGAUUGAAGAACGGGAAGAGAACUCAGAUACAAGUCAAAGUGAUUCGGAAGCAUCGACUGACUGUGAUGAUGACGAGCUUGUUUUUGUUUGUCACCAUAAGAAGGGAAAAAAGGUAAUUGAUUCAAUUUCAUGGAAAAAAAUUCCCUUGCCCAGUAAGAAGAGAGGGACCCACAAUCUACUGAGAAGACUCCCUGGCCCAAUUGGUCAAGGAAAGGGCACAAAAACUUUUUUUGAAUCGUGGGCUUGCUUGUUUGAUGACAGCAUGCUGGAAAUGAUUGUUGUUUUCACUAACCAAUAUAUCGAGGUCAUCCAACCCAAUUAUUCACGACCUAGAGAUGCUAAGAAGACGAACAAAACAGAGAUCAAAGCAUUUAUUGGCUUACUCUACAUAGCUGGGAUACAUAAGUCCGGGAAGCUGAACCUGGCAGACUUAUGGGCCAGUGAUGGUUUUGGAAUUGAGAUAUUUCGCCUCACCAUGGGCAUCAACAGAUUCCGUUUCCUACUCAUGGCUGUAAGAUUCGAUGACAGGCAAACCAGAGCAGAGCGAAAAGAACAAGAUCGACUUGCCCCAAUCAGAGACAUCUUUGAAAAAUUCGUCAAGAACUGUCAAGUGUGUUAUCAUGUAGGAGAAGAUGUCACCAUUGACGAGAAACUGGAGGGCUUCAGGGGAAGAUGCAACUUCAUUCAAUACAUUCCCUCUAAGCCUGCAAAAUAUGGCAUCAAAAUUUUUGCAACUGUUUCUGAUUCUGGAGUUUUCUAUACCUGUAAUAUGGAAAUCUAUGCAGGCAAGCAACCUGAGGGCCCAUUCCAAGCCAGCAAUAAACCUGUGGAUGUCGUUCAACGCAUGGUUACCCCCCUCCGUAACUCAGGUCGUAAUAUCACUGCCGACAAUUGGUUCAGCGACACUACUCUCCUUCACACUCUGUCGAGAAAUUAUGGGCUAUCGUAUGUGGGGACUCUAAAAAAGAACAAAUGGCAAAUCCCGAAAGAGAUGAAAGAUUUGAAAAAUAGAGAAGCAUACUCAAGUAUGUUUGCAUUCAGUAAAAAUGGAACUAUGGUGUCAUAUGUACCACAAAAUAAGAAAAACAAAAAGAAUGUGCUUUUGAUAUCUAGUAUGCAUAUGGAUGGAGUAAUUGAUGAAGAAAGUGGAGAUAAAAAGAAACCUGAGAUGAUUACAUAUUAUAAUCACCAUAAAAUUGGUGUGGACAUGGUGGAUAAAAUGUCCGGUGCCUACAAUGCUUUGUAAAGAGGUACAAGAAGGUGGCCAAUGGUGGUAUUUCACGCACUUUUGAAUGUGGCUGGUAUCAACAGUCAGGUCAUUAGUCUGGGUAACGGACAAAACGUGCCAACACCCCGACUUUUUCUUCGUGAACUGGGAAAUGAACUCAUCAGAGAUCAGUUGCUUAUGCGAGUACAGCUCAAAAAUUUGCCACGCACCAUGACACAACGUCUUCGAGAACUCCUUCCACCACGAGAUCAAAUACUGAUUGUAUUUUAAAUCAACAGCUUUUCAAGUACUUUCAGUUCAUAUCAAAAUGAAAGAAUCAGGCUUUUGCACCGAGAACUGACUUUGGCUGAAAAUCAACUGAGAGAAAGAAGACCUCCAUGGAGUUGAAUUGAGUGGAGACACCAAUUCUCGUUUAGUGGUGGCAGAUUUUAAGAGAGUGCAGGAGUCAGCUCUG